AUGAAAGGCCGCGAUCUCUGCCGUGAAAAUGGUGACUCGAAUCAGUGGCGUGCUGAGGACCAGCGAUUCAGCGAACAGUGUUGUUUCGAAUGGAAGCGGACCCGAGCCGGGAACCUCGUCGUCACAACCCAGCAGUCCACAGCACUCUACACAAGAGGUACACAUCGUACACACCGUACUCGUAUGCAACCCCCUAAUAGUACCAUAGUUGCUUUGCUUGAGCGCCUUGAUCUUGACAGGUCGGCAUGA